UACCAGAAGACUCUUCAUCCACCCUCUCAUACUGCAACAGUCUGUCCAACAGAAAACUGACACAAGCAGAAGUGUUUAAUUCUGUGCAUGUAGGUCAAACAAAGGUGAAGCAUUUGAUAACUGUGCUAAUGAGACUCCAGGUUCUACCUUUUGUCUCUAGAAACUUUUAAUAGUUUCCUCUGAGCUCUUCUCAGCUCCUCCUGAAAACACUCUUGCUCCUGAACAGAGAAAUUAAGACAGAGGGAAAACUGGAAUGCAUACAAAUCACAUGAAGGACACAAAGAACAACUUUAACAACUCUCUCCUCGGUGCCCAAAAGGAGAAGCUCAUCCAGGCGAUUAAAAAGAUCAAACAUGAAAUUGAUGAAUGUAACGAGGCUGAGAAAGAUGCCUUUGUGGACGCACUGGAGGUCGAGAACAGAUUUGAAGAGAUAGAACAUGAAAUUCGAGCAGAGUUCCAAAACCUCCAUCGUUUCCUGGAUGAGGAGGAAGAGACAGACCUGGAACGGCUGAGGAAGGAAAGGGACAAACGGGUGAAGAUCUUAAAAGAGAGAGAGAAAAAGUUUGCCAUGCAGAGUAGAGAUCUAGAGAAAGCCAUCGAGACUCUGAACUGCAAACUGCGGGAAGAUGACAGCCCCAAACUUUUGAAGGAAAUCAAAGAGCUUCUGAAAAGAUGUGAGGUGAAUUUCAUUCGUCCUCCCCCAAUAGACAGCGAAAUUCUCUCUGGUCACUUUGUGGGGCCCAUUCAGUACCGGAUCUGGAAACACAUGAAAACAUCCCUCUACCCAAACAUAUCCACGCUGACUUUUGACCCUGAAAUGGCACAUCCCCACUUGACCUUCUCUGCUGAGAGAACUUCAGUGACGUUCGAGGAAGACAAGGUGCAGCCUAACGAGAACCCAGACGAAAGGAACCCGAAUCGCUUUCACUUCUAUUACUGCGUGAUGGGGUCAGAGGCCUUCACUCAUGGGCGUCAUUACUGGGAGGUGGAGGUGAAAGGCAAGACCGCCUGGCGAGUGGGUGUGGCCAGGGUGGACAUACCCCGUGGAGAGAUGGACUCCUCCUCCACAUUAAACGGACUGUGGACACUGUCCCUCAGAAAUGGCUCUAUCAUGGCCUGCACCCACCCAAAGCCCACAAAGGUGCUCUCAUACACCCUCCCCAUCCGCAUCGGCAUCUUUCUGGACUGUGAUAAGGAGGAGGUGUCUUUCUACAAUGCUGUAACCAUGACACCACUCUUUUCUUUCUACAUGGGGACUGUUCUAGUGCCGCUCUAUCCAUACUUCAACCCAUGUGACACAGAUGAAGGAAAAAACUGUGCUCCUCUUUCCAUAUUUCAUCCAUCACUCUGAGGGAUUGACAUGGAUGUCUGGUUUUUCCACUUACUGCUGACACAGUUUGAAAUGCAGAAUUCUGAUCACCUUGAAGCUUGUAUGCCUUUAAAGCUAGAAAGCAGUUUUUGCUGAGUAGUUGUAUUUGGAUCAACCAUCUAUAGUAACACUAAACAGUAGCUGUAUCCGAAAUCGACAACUACCCUCAUUCACUAUUCCCUACAUUACUCCACUAAUAUACUUUGCUGAUAAGAAAAGAAAAUGAGAGGGCAAAUUCAUUCAUGUUUGUUCAUUCAUUAUUUAGGUGCAUUAUGGGAUUAAAGGAGUACACCCUAUUAUAUCCACUAUGCUUCUAGACAUCACUGCAAAUAAUGCACCAUAUGGGGUGAUUUUGGACACAGCCACUGGGAUUUGCUCUAGUCAGCCAGUUCAGGAUCUGAAAAGACGUAAAAAGUAACACUGACAAUAGAUUUUUUUGCUGUGCAGUUCUUUAUAGAACCAAUAUCCCUUACACGUAAGGAAUAUUUCACUCAGAAAUGAAAAUUCUGUCAUUAUUUAUUUGUUUCAAAACUGUAUGUCUUUACGGUUUGAUGUCAUGAUGUUGGUUAUGAGACUCUUGAAAACCAGCGAGCUUAGUUUGAAUUUAUUGACGUCCCGCCUGCACCAUAUUUGAUUUGCAGAGGAGGUGAAGAUUAUCAGUAAAAAUAGUGCUUGACUCAUAUGGACAACAUUUAUAGUGCUUUUUUGUCCUUUUUGGAGCUUGACAGGCUGUGGCAACAAGGAACUAUUGGUGUCUAAAAGAAAAAAAAAAGGUAACAAGAAGAAAAUGAAUUGAUCCUACUAGGAAACAAAAUAAAAAUGUAUUUAAAUGUAAAUGCAUUUUAAUUUGAGAGUGAAUAAUGAUUAAUUUUUCUUUUUAUAUAUUUGUAUGCAAAUAAAUACAUGUAAUUUAUCUUGCAAAAUGUUUGCAAGUAACCUUUGUGCAUGUGUUGUAUCAUAAUAAUAAUGUGUUCUGACAUAAUAAAUCAGAAAGCCAAGAAGAAAAAAAAGAAUUAUAUUUCUGUGCCUGCUGACAUACUAUUAAUAGCAACUGUUUACAAUUACCUGUCUAUAAAUAAGACAUGUCUGUUGCAUUCAGCCAUUCCCAGGAACUACUUUGGAAACUAUGUGUUGCUGUAGUGACAGAGAAGAAAACCAAAAGAGGGAGGGUCCCUCUGCACCCUGCCAGCAACAGGCCGGGGAGAAGGAAAGAAAAAGCUAGAGAGAUAGAUGAGUGACUUUAAAUGUGAUUGACUACAAGGGCAGAAAGCUCUUUUUUUUCUUCUUUUGCAGCCACAGCCACAGGAGAGGCAUGUCAGAGUGCUGUGCGCAGGCCUUUAUAUCUGCUUUAUAAACCACACACCAAGACACAUUUUAAAAUAAUUUAUUAUCAUUUCUA